AUCUCUCGCCUCUCUCCCCGCUCUCCUCUUCGUUGAAUGCCACCACCACCACCCUCCAACCACCUCUCUCUCUUUCUCUCUCUCUUCUCUUUCCAUAUUUCUUUCUCUCUCAUAUUCCCAUUUUGACUUUUUCUUUCUUCCUCCACACAUUGGCUAACCCCUCUCGGAAUUAUCUUGAUCGCAUUUCCAACGACAAUGAAGAAUUUCCCUCCUUCCCUCUCUUUCCUCCUCCUGUAAACGUCGGAAAGAACCCGAAGAUAGACAACCCCACCCCUCGAAAUGAACGAAAGAUUGGAAGAAGAUGACAGGACGGCCCUGGCCGGGAUAUCCAAUUCCCCGCCGCACCGGAAAGCCCAGUACUAUGGCCAGCAGCUUAGGACAAACACCGGCACCCACCACAAGCGCCAGCACCAGCUCCGCAAGCACAGCCUCGACGAAAAUCGCAUUAUAAACAACCAUCCCGUCAGCAAGAAUAGUGUUUAUUUCGGCAGUACACCGAAUUCAUCCGAUGAUGAGGAGUUUUAUCCUUACUCCACUACAACUUCUGCUGCUGGUGCGAUGGGGUCGAUGAGUGAUCACCACGUUGAUUACCAACAGUUUAGCCAGAGGAUUGACGGAACAUCGGUUGGGGACGGCUGCUCCGGCGACGAAAGUCAGAGGUUGCCGCAGCAGCCAAUGCCGGAGUUUAUGGGGAGCGGUGGUGGGGUGGGAAUAUUUAAGGUGCCGAAUAGGGCGGCCAUGAAUCCCAGCCGGCCGCCCUGCCUUGAGCUUCGGCCUCACCCUUUGAGAGAAACUCAGGUAGGAAAGUUCUUAAGGACAAUUGCCAGUACAGAAACACAACUAUGGGCUGGGCAAGAAUCAGGUGUAAGAGUAUGGAACCAUUCAGAUGCAUAUAAGCCAGGGACUGGAGUAGGGGGAAGGGCACAGAGAGGCGAUGAGGAUGCUGCUCCAUUUAAUGAAUCAACAAGUACAUCACCAACUAUAUGCAUGACUGUUGAUAAAGGGAGUAAAUUGGUUUAUAGUGGGCACAAAGAUGGUAAAAUUAGAUCUUGGAAGAUGGAUCUUCAAUUCACUGAUGACAAUUAUUUCAAGGAAGGUCUUUAUUGGCAGGCACAUCGAGGUCCAGUUCUUUCCAUGGAGAUUUCUUCUUAUGGUGAUAUAUGGUCAGGAUCUGAGAAUGGCGUUAUAAGAGUCUGGCCAUGGGAAGCUGUGGAGAAAUCUUUGUCUCUAUCACCAGAGGAAAAGCAUAUCGCUUCUUUGUUGGUGGAGAGAUCAGUUAUUGACCUCAAAAGCCAAGUUACAGUGAAUGGUGUAUGUAGUAUUUCUUCUUCAGAUGUGAAGUGUUUGCUAUCUGAUAAUGCCCGAGCCAAAGUCUGGGCUGUUGGCUCUCUAUCCUUCUCAUUAUGGGAUGCCCGUACAAGAGAACUUCUAAAAGUAUUUAAUGUAGAGGGUCAGACUGAGAAUCGUACUGAGAAUCGUACGGAGAAUCGUACUGAGAAUCGUGUUGAUACAUCCUCACCCCAAGACCAAGCAGUUGAAGAUGAAAUGAAUGUUAAGUUAGUCUCCAAGUCUAAAAAGGAUAAAUCUCAAGGCUUUCUGCAGCGGUCUCGUAAUGCUCUAAUGGGUGCUGCAGAUGCUGUUCGCCGAGUAGCAAAGGGGGCAGGAGGUUUUUCAGAAGACGGUAGAAGAACAGAAGCCAUAGUGCUUGCUGCCGAUGGAAUGAUCUGGACUGGGUCUUCAAAUGGUUUGUUAAUCCAGUGGGAUGGAAACGGCAACCGUCUGCAAGAAUUCACUCACCAUCCUUGUGGUAUUCUGUGCUUUUGCUCUUAUGGGUCAAGAAUAUGGGUUGGUUAUGUUAGUGGCAUGGUCCAACUGCUAGACCUCGAAGGAAAUCUAAUUGCCGGUUGGGUUGCACAUAAUGGACCGGUCAUAAAAUUAGUAGUUGGCAAUGGUUGUGUUCUUAGCUUGGCAACUCAUGGAGGUAUACGUGCAUGGAACAUUUCCUCGCCAGCACCUAUGGAUUGCAUAUUACGGUCAGAAGUGGCUGAGAGAGAAAUCAUGUACACUAGGCUAGAGAAUAUCAAAAUUUUAGUUGGCUCAUGGAAUGUUGGUCAAGGAAGAGCUUCUCAUGAUGCUCUUAUGUCUUGGUUAGGUUCUGCAGUAUCAGAUGUAGGUAUAGUGGUUGUUGGCCUACAAGAGGUGGAAAUGGGUGCUGGUUUUCUUGCAAUGUCGGCUGCGAAAGAAACGGUAGGACUAGAAGGAAGUGCUAUUGGACAAUGGUGGCAAGAUCACAUUGGCAAGGCUUUAGAUGAGGGAUCCACUUUCGAGCGUGUGGGGUCUCGGCAAUUGGCUGGCUUAAUGAUAGCAAUCUGGGUGAGAAAGACUCUUAGAACACACGUUGGGGACCUCGACGUAUCAGCAGUGGCAUGUGGUUUAGGUCGGGCAAUUGGUAACAAGGGAGGUGUAGGUUUGAGAUUGAGAGUAUUUGAUCGGAUAAUGUGUUUUGUAAACUGUCAUUUGGCUGCUCAUUUGGAAGCAGUCAAUCGGCGAAAUGCUGAUUUUGAUCAUAUAUAUCGAACAAUGACUUUCACCCGAUCAUCUAACCUUAACAACGCUGCUGGUAUGCUGCGCCACCUGUAUUUGUCCUUCUCUCUUGUCUUCUCCACAUAUUUAUUUUGGCUGCUUUAUUCUUGUGGCUUCCCGUGGAUCCUCUCUCUUGCAGCUGGUGUUUCAUCAGCCGCUCAGAUGCUUCGUGGCCCUAAUGCUACAAACCCAGAUGAGGGAAGGCCUGAUCUUGCUGAAGCUGAUAUGGUCAUCUUCUUCGGCGAUUUUAAUUAUCGUCUAUUCGGCAUAUCAUAUGAUGAAGCAAGAGACUUUGUUUCUCAAAGAAGCUUUGAUUGGCUUCGAGAGAAAGAUCAGCUGAGAGCAGAAAUGAAAGCUGGUAGAGUUUUCCAAGGAAUGCGCGAGGCACUAAUCCGAUUUCCUCCAACUUACAAGUUCGAAAGAGGAAAAGCCGGAUUAGGAGGUUAUGACUCGGGCGAGAAGAAACGAAUCCCAGCUUGGUGUGAUAGAAUACUAUAUCGAGAUAAUAGGGCGACUCCAACAGAAGAAUGCAGUUUAGAGUGCCCUGUGGUCGCUUCCAUACUACAAUAUGAGGCUCGUAUGGAUGUGACUGAAAGUGAUCAUAAACCUGUACGGUGCAAGUUCGAUGUGGACAUUGCUCAUGUUGAUAGAUCAGUGAGGAGACAGGAGUUCGGAAAAAUACUUCAGUCCAAUGAUGCUAUUAGGUCCAACCUAGAAGCGUUACGCUUUGUUCCUGAAACGACUGUCAAUACAAACAGAAUACAGCUCCAGAACCAAGACACAUUCAACUUGAAAAUCACGAACCGAAGCGGGGAGGAUAUGGUCUUCUUCCACAUUAUAUGCGAAGGUCAGUCCAUCAUCAAUAAGGAUGAAGUUGCAUCCGAGUACCGCCCAAGAGGUUCACUCGGUUUCCCACGAUGGCUUGAGGUCUCUCCGGCUGCUGGCAUGAUCAAUCCUGACCAAGUUGUCGAGAUAUCAAUACAUCAUGAAGAUUUCCACAUGACGGAGGAAUUCGCUGAUGGGGUUCCUCAGAGUUGGUGGUCUGAGGACAAUAGAGAUAAGGAAGUGAUCUUGUUGGUGAAUAUAAGAGGAAGCUGCUCCACUGAGAUGAAAACUCAUAGAGUACAUGUACGACAUUGCUACUCGGGGAACCCCAUUAACCCCGAACCAAAAGGUAAUGGUUCCAGAAGGGGAACUUCCUAUCAAAAGUCUACAAUGAUGUAGCACAGAAUCUGAGUCUUCAUGCAAAAAUAGCUAACGGAAUUUCAGAUGUCAAUUCAGAUCCUUCCAGCUAAUCACAGUACAUACCAUCUUCAUGUAAAUUCCCUUGUGGACCAUGUUCAACAUCACAAAGAUUAGUUCCUGCCUCAUAUCUUGGUAUGCACAGGGCUAAAGUUGUCGUUGUUGUAACGUUAGAUCAGAUUCUUGCUCUAUCCUUCUUCAAUGUCCAUCCUUCAGUUGAAGGUUUUAAAGCUAACUUGCACAAAGUAGGCAAUCUCUAUUUUUGGUUCAGCAAUAGGGAAAUUGAUUUUGUUCCAUAACAAGGAGAUGAAAUUACAUAAAGUGUAUAUUUUUCCUACGGCUGAGAAUUCCCUGCUUUAUGUACUUUGAUUGCGUCUGUUACACAUCAAGAACAUAGCUUCCUUUUAGCAUUGUAAACAACAUAUUCUAUCUCCAAAUAAUGAUAAGAUGAGCAUUUGAAGCCAGGAUUGCUUAUUUAGAAUGAUAUGUUAUAUCAAAUAUAGGCAACAGCAAUUACAACUUGCACCUCUCAGCGCUUCCCAGAAAAGCUAAAUCUGGACUUUUCAAUAUACUUUACCCUGAUACAUAGAUACUGUAUAAGUAAUAAUGAUGGAAUUGGGAGAGCGAAGAUCCCUGUUCUAUUGGAGCUGCUCGGUUUGGUCGUAGCAAUGGGAAAGUUGGAAGAACUCAACAUCAGCAGACUCGGCAGGCUGUAGUAAUUACUGCACCCAGUCAAGUAACUGGGGUCUUCAGUUCAGAAGCGAUUUCUUGCUGCAAAACAUGUUUUCUACACUGCAUACAUCCUCUUAUAUCGUUCACUGUACAUCUCUGGA